AUGGUCCUGUCCAAAUUCGAGGCCCUCUCUGUUCGCCCGCCCACACCACCCAAGGACCUCCAAGACACGGGCGCCGACGAGACGCUCGAGUUUCUCCAGGACCCGUUUGGAGAGAAGAAGCCGGUCCCCCCCCGGCUCAAGGCCGCAAAGGUCCCCAACACGCCCGAACAGUCGCCCUCGUCCGACAUCGACAUCCCCUCGAGCGCGGCGAGCACCAGGAAGCGGGUCAACUUCGAGCUGCACACAUCAUGCAACCCCAUAGGCAGCAAGGCCAUUGCGCAGUCCUGGACCCCCACGCGUAGCUCGCCCCUCCGCCCGCUCCCCCAGACCCGCCUCACCAAGCCGCUCAAGUCAAUCCUCAAGCCCUCCGACGGCACGCCUACGCCUCCGCCCGCCGACGACGCGGCCGCCGCCCACAGGUUCAGGUCCUUUGCCGAGAUGCUCGAGUCGAUCGUGAAGCUGCUUGCCUCGUCGGAGCGCUCGUCGCGCAUGGACGCCUACAACUCGCUGCACAGGACCAUGCAGGCGUACGACAAGAUCCCCGACGACCAGGCCUUGAAGCAGAAGAUGUCGCUGUUGACCCAAUUCAUACGGCGCGAUAUCCAGGCCCCCAGCAUGACGGGAACAGGCCUCGACUCGCAACUCAUUAGCCAGGCCAUGAAGCUGCUCAUGGCCCUGUUCCGCAUUCCAGACCUCAUCCCCGCCAUGGACGACGACUUUUGCUCUUUCAUUGUGGACCGCAUUAUCCGCUUGGCUAGCGACAGCUCCACCCCAAAGACGGUUGUCAACACGUUCCUUGCUGUGCUCAUGCAGCAAAACUUCCGCCCAAAGAUCAUAACAGUAGCCCGCGUGGAGAAGGCGCUGGAAGCACUCGACACCAUUCACGAACGCGUCUCAGGCAAUGCUGUGCAGGCCUACCGCAUACGCAUAUACCGCAAGUUUAUCCACCAACGGCCAGACGUCAUGAUCAAGCACACUGAGCGAUGGUUUACCUACACUCUCAAAGCCUUGGUGUCAACGCAGAAAGACAUCAGCCAGAGUGCUCUCGAUACCACCGUAUCCGCCGCAAAAUCCAUUGGCCACGACCGGAACGUGGCGAGAUCUAUACUGGCUGUGCUGAACCGAGUGAAGAGCGAUGGCGUCACAAUUGCUGGCAUUUUCACAAAGGAGCUGGGUCGGAUGCUGGGGGGUGAGAACGCUGUUUUGGUGCCACAGAUCUGGGCCGCCGUCACUGGCCUCCUCAAAGAUUCACUAAACAGUGAAAUGUUCACCGCUCUCAAGGAGUGGCUCGGGGUUCUACAGUCGUGCAUCUCGUCCGAGAAAGAGCAGGUCAGGAUUCACUCCAAUGUUGCUUUCUGCUUCCUUCUCUAUUCGGUCCAUCCAAGUCCCAACACUACCGAGGCGUGGUCAAAAAUGUUCCUGAGCAUCUCACUGCAUGCGCUGCAGCGAAGCGCCUCUGCGAAGAAGCCAGAACGAGCCCCAAUUUCCUCUGGCUACUUUACGCUACUGUACUACGCGCUUCGCCCUACAGCGUCCUUUGCACAGCUCGACCGAUAUUGGACCGAGUUUGUGGCAUCCCUCUGGAACCCGCUGAUACACGCGGCACCUGCACAACAUGCCCUCCCUGCAUGCCGCCUAGUGUCUGCACUCUUGGACGGUUCUAGGAAGCCUUGGGACGAAUACCGAGCACUGGAUCUUCGGCUACAGUACAUGAUUCAACGUGGAGAGUUGCCUCUGGUCGACCCAAGAUGGGUUCGAAAGUCAAUUGGCUUGGUCCUUCAGUUUGUAGAAACUCUCUUGGAUGCCACUCUGUUGACCGAAACCAAGGAGCCCGAAGACGAGCCAGUCAAGGCUAUGUGGCUUGCACUCAUCAACUCUUUAGUCGAAGCUAGCAGCAAGGAGAUUAUGGCCUCUACAGAGACCAAGGAUGCCAUGGCGCAGAUCAUCAACCUGUUGCGCCGAAUCUGGGAUAGACAUACUGCAAAAUUAGCUGUGCCGCAGAACAAGGAAGACCUAUGGGCAGACAAGUUUUGCUUCCUAAUAGAAACAGUCGUGCAGAAGAUGGGCGCCUUUCAGUUUGCGGACAAGAGUCUCACUCGCAACGACAAGAACGAAUUUGAGGUAGCGUCAACCCCGUCACACCGGUCACGAACUCAUGGUACACGGACAUCGCCACUUCUCUAUUUGGUGGACCUUUUGGUUACUCAAUCAGAAGGAAAAUUGGCGGAUCCGGUUCGACUCCGCAUCAUUGAAGUCAUCAUUAAGCCAUGCUUUGCAGCGCAAAACACCCGACUGAGUAAGCUGGAACUUCUCCGGGACUGUGCUGCAACUGUCGGUGGCUCACUCAAGGGCGUGGUAUCUUCGAGCUUCUGGGUUCAGAUCUCGGCUUUGCUCAACUCAACGCUGCUUGAGUCAGGCGCUGCAUCCAACGAACGCACUGCCCGUCCGCUUGGAAAAGAGUAUGAGACUGUCGUGGAAAUCCUGACCUUGGGUGCCGAUUCAUUGGUAGACAAACCAUAUGGCCAUCAGAUUUUGUCGACUUUUAUCGACACAGCCCGUCGGGAAGCUGGAGAGGGUGCACUCAUUCUGGGCGUUAUUGAGAAAGUUUCCGAAUGCGUCCUGAAGCGCAUGUCAGACGAAGAAAAGGCUUCUUGUCUAGCAUAUGCCAGCAUCCUGCUCCGCAAUCUCCCAAAACAGAUGAGCCGGAAAUUACUGGAUCAAGGUCGACAAGAUCUUUGGCCGUCCAACACACCCACUGCACGCAACUCAGAUUUCGAUCCCUAUGUUCAUCUCUAUGGUGCCGUGGCCGAUGUGGGUGCAGCUGCAUACCGGGAUCUCGACAAGGACGACGUCGAGUCAACAAAAGAAUUCAUCUCUGCUUUAACAACAUCUAUCCAGCACUGUCCAACUUCUCACCUUGCCGUCUAUUUGCGAAAAACUCAAGACUUGAUUCAGGUUUGGGUUGAAGAUGCCGAGGAAAAGAUGCAGAGCAGAGACGAACCCCUGAAGAGCUUACACCGUGAGGUGGUCCAACUAUGGCAAGAAGUGAGCAAGGCCAUUGAACGGUUACCGCAACAGGACGGCCAAGCUCUACUUCACCUGGAGACCUUGCUCACUGCAGGCUUUGUCAGUAGGCGCCGAAGCAUCGUCAACAUCUCGAUAGAGACCUGGAACAAGACGUUUGGAAAACAGGACAGUCUACAGUAUCCCCCCAACCUCGAACAAGCUUUGCGUCGCUUGCGUAACAGUGUGGAACUCUCCCUACCCUCACUGGAAGUCCGAAAAGAGGAUGCGAAGCACCAGCUUUCAUUCUACGAUUCUGACACCAGCGCCGACGAUGUCAAACGGCAGUUCAAGAGUCCACGAGCAAAAGGUUCACCUUUCAAGAUUUCAAAAUCGACACGACGGUCAAAGUCCAGAUCUCCUGCGGUCCCGACUCCAACAUCCAGAAGGGUCUCUUCAAGGAACACACCCAAGGUUCGCUUACGACAUGACAACUCACAGAUUCAGUUCGAACCUAUCGUGUCGUCACCGUCAAAUCCAUUCAAUCAAGAGUCUCAAGUUUUGACAGAGCGCCAAAAGGAGAUGAUUGAUCGCCAGAGGCUCGCAUCGGGCCUAUUCGCCAAUAUGGGUGCGCGCUCACCUCGACCCGAAGAUGUACCCUCACCCAUGGAGAUGGAUUCGGAUGCCUUGACUGCGGACGACUUGCCGGGACAUGCUGCUCGGGCAACCCCUCUUAGGGCUCUUGCAGCUAUGGGACCGAUGGACGCGUAUCUUGGAUCUUCUCCUACCCCCCACACUCGCAAAAGCACUCAAAAUAUUGUUAGUGAUGAUACUGAUCUGGCCACACCGACUGCUGUACGGACCAUUCAAUACGCUCCAGACAAUGGUCCAGGUUCUUCGCCACCUCGCUUCGAGAAAGACAUGAGGCUAGAGACCGAUGGAAACGAUAGCGACGCUCCUAUAGGGUCUAGCUUUGAAUAUGGACAACCAGGAAGCAACUAUUCCAUGUCCUUUGACGAAGGAACCACCAUUGACGAGGAGGCUCUACUGGAAGCGGUCGCACAUCAUGAAAACCCACAGGCAGACGCACAUCUCGCCUCAGACACCAUAAUGUCCGAGUUGCCCAGCUCAACCAUAGACCUGGAACUGACCGCUCAAAUCGAUGCUGAGAUGCAUUCCUACGAUGAUCCAGCAACAGAAAGAACAGAAGAACCAGCAUCUGAAUCACAAAACGAUUUUGUAGACGCUAUUUCUCAACAGCAGUCUGUGGAAGAUGCCGGCCAAGCAGGCAUUUAUGCAGAGGAAGAAACACGGACGCCGACUCGCGCUUCUACUCGUCGCGCUUCUCGCAGAAGCUCUCAGGCUGCCGCAAGCAGUGCAAGCAGAGUGGAUGAUUCUUUCACCGUGCUGCCUUCGGAAGAGACGCCCAACUCGCUCCGUCGCUCUACCCGCCACUCCACUGGCAUUCCUCCCCUCCCACCAAGCGUAAAGAAACCCAGGCACACUCCUGGAAAGAAAGAGAGUAAAGCCAAGAAUACCACUGCAGAUGAUCAGGAAAAAGCCAAAGCAGAUACGCAGGAGACGAACUCGCAAACUGAAGAUGCAACACCGGCAAACAACGCACCUGUGCCCGAUAACAUUGUUAUCGCCGCCUCCCCGACACCUAAGAAGUCACGGGGAAAGAAGCGCAAAUCAAGGAGCAGCGGUGUCGCGUCUGAGCCCAGUGCCACGGUCCCUGACAGCAGUCGCAAGCUCAACUUGCGUCGAGCUCACUCGACACUCAAUCAAGUUGAAAACUCGCAGGACGUAGUUAUGGACGACACGCCAGCCCCGAAGCGAGCAAAGCAGAACAACCACCAAGACGUCAGCGAAGCCAAAGAGACUUCGCCCCCCAGCCAGACAAAGCGCCUGAGCCACAUCCAAGUGUCUCCACGUCCACGAUCCCGCUCCUCCACCACCAAGAGCUCGCCCACACCCGCCAACGCCAUCAAUCCCGCUCCUCAAUAUGCUGCCACAGACAACACCGCCACACUAGUACACCCGUCCUCACCCGAACCCGAGCCCAAGCAUGAAUCCCAGCCACCAUCCCAAACACAUCUCCACACGCCCUCGCGCUCCUUCGCCGAACGCGUCAUCCUCACACCCCGCAGCAUCAUCAACCAGCUCCGCAGCCUCAAAGAUUACAUUUUUAGCACCCCGCAGCUGGUGUUUAGCAGGGAGGAAGAGCGCGAAGUUAGUGAUGCCGUGUUUCAUAUUCAGAGGGGCGUGUUUGCGGCGGGAUUGAAGGUGCGUGAGGGGGGGCAAGAACAUGAAGAACAGCAGCAGCAGCAGCAAUAG